UUGGCAUUUUAUUGUGUUUUUUUUUCUUAUUUUGUUUUUCAAGUUUCUGACCAAUGAUUUUGAAGCGUUAAACUGAAUCGAGCUGACGAAUGGAUUUUUCGGAAGGAAAAAUUCUCAACUCAGAAUUUGUAAACAAACUCAAAAAAUGGCAGAUUUUGGAAUUUAAAGAAUAUGUUUUCAUUCAUUUAAAAAUGCCACAAACACCAGUUAUUGUAAAUGUUUAUAAUAUGUAUUGGCUAAAUGAGUAUACAUCAUCACUUGGUCUUGGAGUCUAUCAUUCUGGAGUAGAAGUGUUUGGAAAAGAAUAUGCAUAUGCAGGACAUCCAUUUGAGUUUACAGGUAUAAUAGACAUGGAGCCUAAAGAUGAGUUUGAAUUGGGGGAAGGAUUUACAUUCAAAGAAUCUAUAUUUAUUGGCACAACAGAUUUUACAGAGAGAGAUGUUAAUGAUAUAAUAACAAUGUUUGGCAAGUCAUAUUUAGGAAAUUCUUAUCAUCUUGUCAAAAAGAAUUGCAACCACUUCACCAAUGAGUUAACAAAGUAUUUGUGUGGUAAAGAAAUUCCAGGAUGGAUCAAUAGAUUAGCAUCUAUUGGUCACCGAUUCCCCAUGCUCGUUUCAUGUAUUCCUAAAGAAUGGCUUACUCCGGAUGCAGGUUUUUCCAAUAGCAAUGUUAAUCUUACAGAAUGGGAACAGAUUGAUUAUCCUCAAAGAAAUAACGAGAUGAUACCAAGGACAAGUUAAGUAAAUAUAUGUCAAUUAUGAGAAAUAUUUUAUCCCUGUCAUGUAUGACAUAUUUGAUGAAUUACACUGCUUUAUUUAAUUAAAAGCUAUUUAGAAAAAAAAAAACGAUUUAAAAAAAAAUAUGAAAGAAAGAGUUUUUACGUUUUAACGUUUUUCAAUUUUUAAAAAAUUCAUCAGGUUUUCUGCUUUUUAUGUUGAUAAUCUUAGUUAUUUUAAACUGUUUCAAAAAGGAAAACGCACCACUCUGCUAUUCGACGACGUGAUUUGAUUCGACGACAAGAACAUUAGUAUUUUACAAAUUACUGAUUUGUAAUUGUAUAUAUUUCAAUAAAAAAAAGAUAAAACGAAAAA